AUGACAACAACCCUCGCCUCAGAGGCACGGGUGCAGCAUUCGUUGAAAUCCGCAUCAUGCUGGAAUGCUGUACCAUACCCUUGGUUUAUUUUACCACCAAAACGUAAAGGAAGAGGGCAGGUGGGUUGUAGUUCAACAUUUCGCCAACAGCGGAGCCGUGGGCCAGGUAUAUCCCUGGUGGCGGAAGUUCGUUCUCAGAGCUAUGAAACAUUUGAGAGUACCACCACCUACCAUGAUGCGCAGCAGGAUACUACUGCUGCAGUGACAGGCAGCAUUGAUUCGGAGAGUUACAGCCUUUCCCACACCGAAGAGGGUUAUAUUGGACAACUCAGCGCCGAAGAUGAUUCAGAUCGUCCAGACUGGAGGAGAAUGCUCAGGAACAGGGGCCAAUGCGAUUCGACAACCAGCAACACCUUCACUGUUUCAGAGCAAGCUGGUGUAGCCGGGAAGGCAAUGGAAGGCGAAUACGAAAUGGAGGGAUACAAACAAGGAGAAGGUAAUGCAGCACGCACCAACGCAAAUGACAACUCCAGUUUCCCUCCCCCUUCUGUCCCCCAUGACCCUACACGAAGAAAAAUCUUCCCAAAUCAAGGUGUCUCUUACGACUCCGAGUCUACUAUGCGUCGGUAUCUUGACACUGAGGAUGCAGAUGCCGAAGCUAUGGAGGAUCAACAGGUUGGUGAGAGCGCAGUUGACCGUGCGUUGGGCAAGAAGAAGAAGGCGACGUAUGUUGCUGCGCCUAUGAAGGCACCCGCCCCGAUAGUGAUGGCUGCGCCAACCAAGAAAGCUGCUCCAAUGUUCGUUGAACCUGCACCAAUGAUCAUUGAAGCGGCUCCCACCAAGAAGGGAAGAUACCUUGCUGCUGUGGACGAGCCUGAAGGGCAGCAAGAAACAGAGCAGUUCGAGCAGCACGACACCACUGGUGAGCGUAGCUUGGGCAAGAAGAAGAAGGUUGCCUACGUGGCUGAGCCCAUGAAGGUUGCUCCUCCCCCAAUGAAGUUCGCGCCACCUGCUCCUGCUCCCAUGGUGAUGGCAGCACCUACGAAGAUGGCCCCUGCUCCCCUGUUCGUUGAGGCUGCUCCCCCCAUGAAGGGAAGAUACCUUGCUGCUGAGGAUGAGCCAGAGGUGCAACUCGAAACCGAGAAUUUCGAGACUGAACAAUACGACACAGCAG